UAAUCAUUCCUCCCGAUCGUACCGUACGCGCCCUUUCUCCGGCCAAAUCAUGGCGUCAUUUCGUUUCGUGCGACGAGCGAUCACCCGAACCAAACCUGAAACCUCACCUCACCUAUGUAUAUAUACAUACAUAUCUCGGAGCUCAGAGGCGGAGAAGAAAGCAUCGCAGAGCCUAGGACAGCGAGAGGGAGAGGGAGAGAGAGAGAGAGAGAGAUAGAGAGAGAGAGAGAGAAUCGAUCGGCCAAAAGGCCAGCAGCAACGUCACAGAGCAGCGAGGCAGAGCGAGGGAGGGAGCCUUUUGCCCUUUUGCCGUUUCGAUUCGCAUCCGGCGGCAUCCAUCCAUCCGCGCGCCGCGCCGGGCGAGCCAAGGGCAGCAGAGCAGCGGCGACGGGGCGCCGCGAUGGACGGCCAGGUGAGGGACCAUCGUUCCGCCGCGGCGGCGGCGCCCAGCACCAGCGGCAGCGGCGCGGCGGCGCCCUACGCCGACGGGGACGACAAUGCGGGCGCCGGCGGGGCCAAGGUCUGGGUCCUCGUGCUCCUCUUCGCGCUACUCCUGCUGCCGUUCCUGCCCUCCGCGGUGCGCCGCGGCGGCCCCACGCCCUGGGCGGGCGGGGGAGUUGGAGGAGGCGGAGGCGGGGGCAGGGGCGGUGGGUACCGCCGCGGCGGGAUCAACUUCAAGAGCGGCUGGGACGUCGUCAACCUCUGCCUCGUGCUCUUCGCCAUCCUCUGCGGCCUCCUCGGCCGCGGCGGCGGCGGGGACGGGGAGUCCUCAUCCGGCGCGGCUUCCUCCUCCUCGUCGUCGUCGGCGGCGGCCAAGGACGGCCGGCAGGCGUCUCUCGCGCCGCCCGCGGAGGACGCCACGGCGGCGGCGGGCUCGGGGGACUGGGGGGAGGGAUACCACUCCUUCGACAGCGUCUACGCCAGCCUGCCCCGCCCCAACCACGCGGCGGCGGGGAUCCGCCGGAUGAAGAGCAGCAGCUCCUACCCGGAGCUGCGCCUCGGCAGCGACGGCGUCUGGAGCCUCGCGUCGCCGGAGGCGGCCUGGCGCUCUUACGACGACGAGCAGCUGUACCGGAACCGCCGCCCGGAGCGGCAGGAGCGGACCUGGGACGUCGACCCGCACGGGAGGACCGCGGAGGUCAAGACGAUCCCCGUCGACACGUUCGUCGAGCGCGGCCGGAGGUCGCCGCCGCCUCGGGAGCCGCGGAGGCGGAGGAGGAGCGUUGAGAGACUCCCCAAGAUGCCCGAGGUGGAGGAGGAGAGGCCGCGGGCCAGGGAGGCGGUCGUGUCGCCGGCGAGGAGCAGGAGGUGGAGCGCGGAGCCGGACGACGUCAUACCGGAGCAGGAGGUGCGGGUGGCGCCGCCGCCGAGGAUCAGGAGGUGGAACUCGGAGUCGCUGGAUGCGAUACUUGACCAGGAGGAGGCGGUGGCGCCGGGGAGGAGCAGCAGGUGGAGCGCGGCGGCGGCGGACGUCAUACCGGAGCAGGAGGCGCGGGUGGCGCCGCCGAGGAUCAGGAGGUGGAACUCCGAGUCGCUGGAUGCGAUACUGGACCAGGAGGCGGCGGUGGCUCAGACAAGGAGCAUGAGGUGGAGUGCGGAGGCGGUUGACGUGAUACCGGAGCAGGAGGCACGGGUGGUGCUGCCGAGGAUCAGGAGGUGGAACUCGGAGUCGCUGGAUGCGAUACUGGACCAGGAGGCGGCGGUGGCUUCAUCGAGAAGCAUGAGGUGGAGCUCGGAGACGGUGGACGUGAUACCGGAGCACGAGGCUCCGGUGGUGAUGACGCCUGCUGCUGCACCACCUCCGCCUCCGCCGCCGGCGCCUCCGCGACGGCGACGGCUCAGCGUCGAGAAACUGCCGAGGCCAGAGGACCUGGAGCAAGAGAUUGUAGUGGAAGAGGUCGGGAACCCGACGCCGCCGCCAAUGUCGUCGGCCAUGUUCCCGCCUGGAACGCCACCCCCGCCGCCCCCUCCCCCGCCUCCAUCGACGGUGUCGCGCAGCAAGAAGAAACGCGGCGGCAGCGUGGGCGGCGCCAAGGAGCUGGCGUCCGCCAUUGCUCUGUUCUACCAGAAGAAGCGCAAGAGCAUUACCAUGAAGGCCAAGCGGCGGCCGCAUCACCACCGCCAUUCCGACGGCCACUACUCGCCGCCGUCGUCCGACGCGUCGGCGAGCCCCGACUCCAGUGUCCGCACCACCAACGCCCCGCCGCCGCCACCGCCGCCGCCUCCCCCGCCCCCGCCCCCGCCGUCCUCCAUCUUCUCCAACCUCUUCAAGAACAAGAAGGGCGGCAGCAAAAGCCGCCGCAUCCACUCUGUCGCGCCGCCGCAGCCGCCACCCCCGCCUCCACCCACUCGCCGAUCGACGAAGCCGCCCCCGCCUCCGUCUCGCCCCGCUCCUCCAGCACCGCCGCCGCCACCGGUCAGGACGCGCCUGCCGCGCGCUCACGGGCACUCGCACGCGCACACGCACACGCACGCGCCGCAGCCGCCAUUGUACCCCAGGCGCGCCGUCUACUACACCUACUACCCGCUUCCGCCGCCGUCGCCGCCGCUACCUCCACCUCCUCCACCGCCACCACCGCUGGUGUCCGAGGGCGACGGCGACGCCCCUUCGGUGCCGGCCUCGCCGGCUCCCUCGUACUGCGCGAGCCCCGACGUGAACACGAAGGCGGACAGGUUCAUCGAGAGCUUCCGGGAGGGGCUGAAGCUGGAGAAGCUCAACUCGUACCGGGAGAAGUGGCAGAGGCACAUCCAAGAGGACGCCAGCGUCGAGAUUGAGGAGGACGGGGAGUUCAUGGUGAUCGGGUCGCUCUUCGGCAGCGACGACGAGGACGAUGACGGCAUCUCGUUGCCGGAGACGCCGGCGACCGCAGCUGUCGCCGUGGGCUUCUAACGACACUGACAUUGGAGGAAAAAAAAUGAAAAAAGAGUUGGAAAAAAUUGUCCUCAAAAAAUGGAGAAAAAAAGGAUACCGCAAAAGAUUAUUGCUAAUCCCGGUUUGUCUGCAGUACAUUACUGUUUGUGAAUGAUUUCCUUUUUUGCUGAUUUUGGGUAGUUAGGGGAUUGACAGCGAGGUUUGUGUGUGCAAGAGGGAGCCCUUUUUGUGCUUAUUUUAAAAUGGCCAAAAAGCUCUCCUUGGGUGCUGCAUUAGGUGAGCCGAUUUGAUGAAUUUCAUGUCUAUUGCACUUUGGAAGCUUUUGGAGUUUGUAAAAAUACAUCAUGAGAAAGUAACUCAUCUUUA